AGUAGAAAAAAAAAAAAAAAAGUGACAAGGGUGAGGCAUAUGAGUCAAGGAAACGCUACUACGACAACUAACAUGUUACCAGUCCAGGUAAUGAUAUCGUCAGGGAAUGGCUGUCCUCUUCAUUCUCUACAAGCUCCACACCAACCUCACCUAAUGCUUUCUAUACAAGAGUCACAUACAAGCUGUGAUGUCAGCUAAUAGCAAUAGCAGCCUUUUAUAUAAUGUUGCUACCUCUGUUGCUACUUCUGACUCUACCAACGUCUCUUACAGGAAAAAGUGGGUCCAGGAACAAAACAAAGUCAUCUUGUGUUUUCCAAGAGCAAAUGAAUGUCGUUUUCUCAUCUUAUAACUUUAACAAUAUUCUUACCUGGAAACCGCCAGAAAAUUCAACAGGGCUACAGUAUACAGUGAGAUACAAAAAAUAUGGAGAUAAACCCUGGCAGAAAAAAAAGGAAUGCACAGAAAUCACAUUAACCUGGUGCGACUUAACUAAUGAAACAAGUGAAACAAAUAAAACAACAGAAUAUUAUGGCAAGGUCAUUAUAAAUAGCAAAAACUGUUCAGUCGAAACAAGUAGAUUUCAUCCUCUAUUGCAUACGGAAAUUGGUCCUCCCACGGUCAAUUUGAAUUUUAGUAAUGCAUCCAUUGAAAUUCAGCUGACUCACCCUGUUAAAUCACUUCAUGAAAUUUUAAAAGGACUAAAGUAUCAUAUAUACGUGAAUGAUAUAAAGAAAGAAACUGAGGAGCCUUAUUAUAUGAUUGAAAAUAUAGAGCCAAAUACAAAAUAUUGUGUAACUGCAGAAGUAUUCUGGUUGUACAAAAAGAGUAAUCGGUCAAAACAAACAUGUGUUACAACAAAUGCAGAUCACACAUCUGAACAAACCAUUAAAGGGAUGAUAUAUAUUUUGCCUGUGACAGCUAUCUUCUGUACAUUCAUUUUAUUAGGAUAUGCCACACACAAAUAUAUUCAUGGAAGCAACCCCACACAUCCAACAAUUCUGAACAUUACCACCAGAAAGAACAUAAAUGCAAUUUUAGUUGAUGCACAUACUGUAACCAUUAACGUCAUCACCAUUGAACCUGGAAAACCUAACCUACGAGACAACAUGAUGUCUGGUGAAGAAGAUCAAGAGUUUCAGAAUCAGACCCAUCAGCAAAUCACAAAGGAUAAAGAUCGCAUAAGCUGUGAUUCAGGUGUUACAAAAGAAGCUGAUGAAGAGUCUAUUAAUGACUAUGGAUAUGUCAGUCUUCAGGAACCAGUAAUAACUCCAAGACCCACUAUUUCGCCAUAUGAUAUGCCCCAUCACCUUCAAGAAACAAUUAGACCACUCUCUACAUCAACAAAUAUAUGUGAAAAAAGAGAUCCUUAUGGAUACAUUAAAAGCGUUGGAAGUGUUUCUCCUGUACAAGAAAAUGAUGAAUUUGAUGUUGUGACAAAUUUAUAUACAUCAGAAAAGACUAUGGUUAGCUAUCCUUAUUUCCCACAUGAUGUUUCAGAUUUUUCCAAUGUUGACACGAUAAAAGAGGACCUUUGUGACCCUGAGGACUUGUUUAUGGAAAAAUUAGACACACUAAAUGUAAUAGAAGAUAUAGAUGAUUCUAGUACGCUGUUUGUAGAUUGGAGUCCAGAGGAUCCUUCUUUCUACAUACCAAACCUAUCUAAGAAAAGAGAGCUUGAAAACUGCAUAAAGCAAUGCCAGAAAAAGCAAGAAGGGCUUUUGUCUCAGCUUUACUUACCACCUGAAGCACAAGAAACCGCUAAAGACGAUGAACUUGGGCAUCUGGAAGAACGAUGGGGACUACUUGUAAGGGACGCAGAAAAAUAAGACUUAAAACGUGUUUACUGGUUACUGAUAAGACUGUCUUGGUGUUCCAGUCAGUGCCGCGGCAAACAUAUUUUCGAAAGUGUAUAGGCUGAUAUACUGUAUACUGUAUGUAUUAUGUAAAUUAUGUAUUAUAACCCUCAAAUGACAGAUUUACAUUUGUUAAAUUAUCAAUCAGUUACAAACACCGUUCCAUACACCCUGAGGUUACACACAUCUGCAAACCCCUCAGCUGAUGCAAAACAAUAAAUAAAUUAAAAAUAAAUUAUAUAUUUUGGGCCUUCAA